AUGAUAUUUGUCAAAUCCAAUAAUUAUUAACCGGUGUGUUGCUCUAAAUAAUAGCAGUGGCUAAUAAAGUUGUCGUGUGCUUGACUUGUGCGGCAGGGCCAUAAACUCGAUUUAUUAUAAGUAGGUACUUGGACACGUUAUCGAAUACAAGGAGAUCGUGUGCAGGCUACUUACGAAGCAGCAGCUUCUGGCUUGCUGAACUGAGCCAUGGCCAAAAUUGUGGAGUCCCUCAAAAAACUAAGCGUAGAGAAUGGCGUGUCAUCCCAGCUGAGCAGCUUCAACUACAAGGCCGAAUUCGUUCCAACUGUUGAGGAAAGAGUCUCCUUGGAUGAGCAAAAUUACGUACUUGCUCUUUGUGGCACUCAAAGCGAUGAUGAAUUCAAAAUAGGAGCAGCUUUGGCGGAUCACACGUGCGUGAUAUACUCGGCCGGUGAGCAGUUCAGAAAGCUGAUGAGCCUCGAACACAACCAAUCAUCUGUUGUAGGAAUUAAGUUUAGUCCGAGUUCGCGACACAUCGUUUACAUUGCCUCCAGUGAUGGCACCGUUUCUGUCUGCGACCUCAGGGCCAAAGGAAAAGUCAUUGCCCAAUUCAAAGACAAUACAGAAGAUGGUAAGCUAAAACCGCUUGCUAGCUUUGAUAUUAGCUGUGAUGAAAGGCUCGUCGCAGGUGGUACAGAACACAUUGGUGGAGAUGCUUUUAUAUUGUUUUGGGAUGUCAGGUAUAGCAACUCAAAAGUUAAUGCAAAAAAUAGUUUACUUGGUGGAUAUUGGGAGUCGCAUAUGGAUGACAUUACAUCUUUAUCCUUUCACUGGAAUAAAAAAGACAUUCUUGCAUCAGGUAGUACAGAUGGUCUGAUAAAUGUUUUUGACCUCACCCAGACUUGUGAAGAUUCUGCUCUUACGUAUUCCUUAAAUACAGAAUCUUCAGUUGAUCGAAUAGGCUGGCUUACAAAUGAAAAUUUAUGGUGUAUUACUCAUACUCAUACUAUUCAACUCUGGAAUUGUGAGGAUGCUACUCCAUACAAUAAAUUUGAAAGAAGUCAUCUUUGUUUGUCUCCGAAGGAUGAUCCAGAGAGUUACUAUUUCGUCAGAAUACAUGCUCAUAGUACAUUUGGAAAUCCUUACUUAAUUGCUGGUUUGAGCUCGCCUAAAGGAGAUGACUUAAAAUGCCUAAGUUUAGGAAAAAACUGUUUAGAACCAUAUUAUGAUUUCUCAGGAAAUAAACAACUUGUUAGAGACAGCUGGUUACAUGAAAAGAGUGGCUGCUUAGUCACGGGUGGUGAAGCCGGAAUUAUCAAUAUUUGGAGGCAAACAGAAUCGCUUUCAGUUCCAAAAAAUACUAACAAUAAACGCCCAGCAAAAACAGGAGCCGAAAAGAGUCGCAAUGACAAAAAUCAUAGGAUAAAACCAUAUUAA